UGGCCAGAAUGAAAACAAACAUAGGCCGCGCACGCGCAAUUUGUGCGUGAAAAGCCAUUCGAAUGUCAUCUGUCACCGUUCUGUCAAAGACAAAAACAGCCCCAAUUUUUGGGUAAAAAAUGUAUCAAAACGCUUGCGGGGCUGCGGCGGCAAGCGCGGGCGGUUGCGUGGAGACGGACCGAGACUGCCAUGGUCUGAUCAACCAGGAGCCCAGCGUGCCCACCAUCGAACACGACUAUAGCGGCUUCGACAUCGUCAAAGCCACACAGUACGGAGCAUAUGGGAGAGUGAAGGAAUUGGUGGAGGCGGGCUACAACGUGAACCAAAGAGACAGUGAAACUGUAACACUGCUUCACUGGGCGGCAAUAAACAACCGGAAGGCGAUCAUCAAAUUCUUCAUAGAAAAAGGGGCGGAGGUCGAUGCGGUUGGGGGCGAACUGAACGCGACUCCCCUGCACUGGGCGACUAGACAGGGCCACUUGGACGCGGCGGUGAUUUUAAUGAAUGCGGGCGCCGACCCGACCCUCCGGGACGCAGAGGGCUGUUCCUGCAUUCACCUUGCGGCUCAGUUCGGUCACACGGCGUUGGUCGCGUAUUUCGUGGCGCGGGGCGUCAGCCCCGACUUAGUGGACAGGACUGGCAUGACGCCUUUAAUGUGGAGUGUGUGGAAGGUGUGCAGUUUGGAUCCCACAAGACUGUUGCUCACGUUGGGCGCGUCGCCGAAUCUCAGUGACCAGCAGGGCAACACUGCCUUGCACUGGGCCAUCUUGGCAAGAAAUACCACUGCUAUUUCCACCCUUAUCUUACAGGGACAUGCAAGUUUAAAUGUUCCAAAUCACAGAGGUGACACUCCAUUGUCAAUGUUACAGUCCCAAAUUGGGUCUAUGUGGGUCAGUCAGAAGGUUUCAGAACACAUAAAAGAUCACAUUAAUAUAGCUAGUUCCAAAAAUUUUAUUAAAAGAAUAGCUAAAGAUAAGAGAUUGAAAUGGUGGUGCAUGGUUGGAACCCCAUUCAUGGCGUUUUACAUCGCCGGCGCAAUUCUCAGCACAAGUCUAUUGAUCCUCAUCAAGAUCUUCUUGCUGGUGUGUCUGUACAUUGUGAUCCAUUACGUCGGUCGUAUUUUGUACGAUGAUCGACUAAUGGCCCUCUUACCUCUCAGCAUAUAUUUGGCAACCAAAAUGUGGAUGUAUUUCACCUGGUUCAUCUACAUAAUGCAGUUCACGACUAUCAUAACGACAGUUGUGUUCGUUACGAGUUCUUUGUUACUUUGGUACUGCUUCCUUAAGUCGUGGUUGGGAGAUGCAGGCAUCAUUUCCACAUCUCAACAGUUACAAUUCAGGACAAUCAUCGAUUUGGCGGAGAAAGGGCCGGGAGGCUUCGAGCCGUCGACAUUCUGUUCCGCCUGCUUGGUACGCCGUCCGUUGCGUUCGAAACACUGCUCCGUCUGCAACCAUUGCGUAGCCCGUUUCGACCAUCACUGUCCUUGGGUUGCAAACUGCAUUGGAGCGAAAAAUCACAAGCAUUUCAUCGGUUUCCUGGCCAGUCUUGUGCUGAUGUGCUCGCAAAUGCUGUACGGUUCGGUGCAGUUCUGGCAAAACGAGCCGUCGUGUAAUGUGACAUCAGGUGAGGGUUUCUUUCAGAUGAUGGUGGCAAUCAGCCAGUGCGACACGUGGGUCGCCUGGGUGGCUCUAAACGCUCUCUUCCACUGCAUCUGGGUCUUCAUGCUAUUCGUCUGUCAGAUGUACCAGAUCACUUGCUUAGGAAUGACGACGAACGAGCGAAUGAACAAAGGUCGUUACACCCACUUUAUAGCGAACAACGGUAAAAGUCCAUUUUCCAAGGGUCCGAUCCAGAAUCUGGUGGAGUUUUUCGAGUGCGGCUGUUUCGGUUUGUUUAAACCGGAGGCACGGGACUGGCUAACCAGUUUCGAUCUCGACAAGAACAUCGAGAGGCAGCCGCUGCUUAGGCACAAGGAGAAUUAUCAGUAUGUGUGAGGUCACAAGAGGUACGCAAGUCUGAUGAUGAGAGAGAAAACGUUCUGAUUCGUCGAGGUUUCGAGGUCGGUUAGGAAAUAUGUGGUCGAUUAUUUCGGGUAAAAGAUUUAUCAAAAUACAGGAUAAAUAUUCCGGAUAUAUAAUAGUUAACUGCAGAUUGAAAGGAAGAGCAGAAUACUCUGGAUUACUGAAAAUAGAACAUAAUUAUAUGUUUUGGAUAAAUAUAACAAUAGAAAAUGGAUUGAAUCUUAAAAUAUAAAUGAAAUAUAUUUUUAUAAGAUUUUUGUUUUUUAUAAAGUUAUAUUAAAUUACACUUUUUAUUAUAAUUUUAUAUUUAUUUUUUAUAUAUCUACAAUUUGGAUUGUAUACAAAUUAUAUAUCUUAAAUAUUACCUGUACUAAAUCUGUAUAUACAAAAAUUUAUAAGUAUUAUAAAACAAUUUUUAGCAAAACAUGUAUGUGCGGAUUGCGCCACAUAAUUUAUAACUGACCAUUAAGUAGAUAAGUGGCCUAAAUGAAACUAAUCAAAAUAAUUGCUUUUAUACCAGCACAGUUAUAGAAAAAUGCAUAUUCUGAUAAUUGUGGAGUUGAAAAUAGGAAACUCCGUUUAUCAACAAUGGUACAAAAAUUGAAUUCACAACUUUAAAUAUAUCAAGAAUAUUAUUAAUAAUUGUUUUAUUAUUAUUUUAAACUAAACAUUUGGGUAACUUUUACUAUGGAUUGUUUAAAUUUUUAUUGAAAUGACUGCACUAAUAAAUCAGAAAAAUAAUAACUAACAAACAAUUAAAUAUUAAUUAUGUAUAAAACUGCAAUUAUUAGAACGUUUUGAUAUUAAUCCAAAGAAAGGACUGACAUUUAAAACUAUAUUAAUUAAAGUACACUUGUGAUUCUAAAUUAGUUUAGCUCUCUUAGAUAAUACAUUCCAAGUAAAGCAUUUUUUAAAUGUUUAAAUUUUCCUUAAUACCUUCUUUUAAUCAUGACUGUUUUAUUAUGUAAGGUUUAAACAAAAUGUUCUAAAUGUAUAUUUGUAAAUUUUACAUAGGUUCGUUUAUUUUCAAAUAUCAAUGUGUAAAAAAUCCGCUUUUUAAAUCUAGUCAAUUGUACUUAAGCACUGUACAUAAAACACUGUAUAUUUAAUUAUGUAUUUCCACGAUUUAUGUACACCUAACACCAAUUUAUCAUAUAGGUCUUCCAUUUUUUAAAGUGGAUUAUGAAAUUGGUCUUUGAACGCAGAACAAAUUAAACCAAAUAAUGUUAUUAAUCGACAAUAACAAAAAGGCCAGUAAACAAAACUCGUCAGCUUUACUUCCGAUUUUUAGUAUAUAAAAAAGACAACAACGAAGACGCAAUAAGGAACUGGACCAGUUUCUGCUAAAUCAGCAACUAUUCGCUUUGUGUCGCACUUUUCAAUGUUUGCUUCAAAGCGAUCAUUUUGUAAAAUAUGUGUCAUCACAUUUACUAUAUAGUUUCCACAAAAAUACUAGGAGAAACACCAUGUAAUUUAUUUGUAAUAAAUAUUGUAUAUAUACGAUUAAAUGUUUAAAUAAUGCUAA